AUUUGCCUUUAAAUUUUGACGUUCGCUCAUUUCAAAUUCUGACAUCUCUCUUUUCUACCGCACGUGUUUACGUUUAAACAGUGCACAAAUUUAAUAUUUUUCUUUUAAACUUUCUUUAAAUUUUACUUAAAAAUAUGUCCGACAAAUAUGCUGUGCCUAACAAACUUCCUGGCAAAACUGUUGCAGUUCUUGCCCAUCGUAAGCGCCGAAUUCUUCAAGACAAAUCGGUGGUCGAGCAGAAACGCAAGGAACGUGUGAAGCGCCUGGCCAAAGCAAAGGAACACCACAAGUUCAGACGUGCCGAAUCCUUUGUUAUGAACUACAUAAAAGCCGAAAGGACUUCCAAGCGUAUCAGGCAAACUUUGUUGCAUACUAAAGUGACGAGAGAAGAAGACACAAACCAAAAUCUUUUGGUUGUUAUGAGACACGCAGGGAAAAAGAUCUUUGACGAAACAACAAAUAAAAUAUUCAAAACGUGGAACAUGACAAAACGCCAUCAUACCGUAUUCCUCAAGAAUAGCAAGGAAAACCAGAUUCUCCUGAGACUGGCAGAGCCUUUUGUGUGCUAUGGAUAUCCCUCGUUGACUACAAUCCGAGAAUUGUUGUUCAAAAAAGGGUUCGCCAUGAUCGAGAAAAAGAAAACUCCAAUUCAAUCGAAUACAAUGAUUGAAGAACAACUCGGCGAGAAGGGAAUUAUUUGCUUGGAGGAUAUCAUUCACGAGAUCUUCACAGUUGGACCAAAUUUCGACACAGUAACUUCCUUCAUUAGUCCAUUUAUGCUAAAUAAUCCUAAGGACGGUUGGCAAAAGAAAGUCAGUGUUAGUUACAAACGAGGUGGGGAAUAUGGUAAUCGGAAAGAAGCUAUCAAUGAACUCAUAAGCAGGUGCCUAUAGAUGAUGAUAUUCUUUUUUUAUUACUGUAGAUUUUAAGUUAAAUAAAUGUUCCCUCUACUUUUGAAAAUUA